AUGCGCCCACCGCUCUGUGCCUUCCACAGCCAAACUCGGACAUGGGCCGCGCACGGACACACAACCCCUGAGCACCCUGCGGCACACCCCGCCCCCCUCCCUAUCUCUUCCCCUCUAUUGUCUUCCAUCCCUCGCUCCCUCCAGCUCCCUCGCUAUCGGUAUGGUGUCCUUUGGUUCCUCCUGCUUGCCGCCCUGUGCCUUUGGCUCAUUGGACCCUCCCCUGCUCACGCUGCUCACUUCCGUGUCGGGGUGGUAGGGCCGUGGUCAUGUGACCCUCUCUUCUCCAAAGCGCUGCCGAGUGUGGCGGCCCAGCUGGCAGUCAACCGUAUCAACAGAGACCCUGUCCUCUCACUGGCAGCCACUUUUGAUUAUGUCAUUCUGGAAGAGAAAUGUGAGACUUCCAGGGCUCUGGAUGGGUUCAUGGGCUUCUAUACCAGGGCUACAGGCUUCAUCGGGCCGGCUAACCCUGGGUACUGUGACGCUGCAUCGCUACUGGGCAAGGGCUGGAACAAGGCGGUGUUUUCGUGGGGAUGUGUUGGCUAUGAGAUGGAUGAUGUGCGGAGCCACCCUACCUUUGCCCAUUCCAUGCCCCGGCCCACCUGGGUGCUGACCAGCCUCAUGCAGCACUUCCGCUGGGCACAAGUUGGCAUCAUUGCCUCCUCAGAGGACAGCUGGGUGGAGACCUCCAUCAAGGUGGCCAACUCUCUGAGGAGUCAUGGGAUGCCGGUGAGGCUGGUGGUUACCAUUGGUAACGACCCUGGUAGUGUCAGGAAGACCCUGGCCAAGCUCAAGAAGGUGGAGGACCUACGAUUGGUGAUCAUGUGUAUGCACUCUGCCCUGAUCGGAGGGGGACCUCAGAAGCUCCUGCUAGAAACAGCAAAGGACAUGAGACUGACCGAGGGAUCCCUGGUGUUUCUACCCUACGACACGCUACUCUACAGCCUACCCUACCACAAUGUCACCUACCCUGCCCUGAGGAGCAACAGCAAGCUACUCAAGGCCUACGAUGCCGUGUUGACAGUCACUAUAGACUCUCCCAAGACAACCUUCUACCAGGCCUAUCAGGAGGCUAUAGACAGGGGAGAGAUAGCGGGAAAUGUCAAGCCGACACAGGUGUCUCCUCUGUUUGGGACCAUCUACAGCUCCGUGCUGUUCAUGGCCCAUGCUGUCCACAGGGUCAAGGCCUCAGGGGAGUGGCUCUCUGGGGGGAACCUGGCCCGACACACCCCCAACCUGGCCUUCCAGGGCUUCAGCCACCCUGUGAGGACUAACAUGUCUGGAGCCAGCUUGGCUGACUACGUAAUACUGGAUACAGAUGGGAAAACCUGGGACCUCAGGCCCACACACAGGAUAGAGAUGGCUGCUGACAUGGUGAGGUUCCUGGGUAGAGAUAUCCACUUCCCACACGGUGUCUCCCCCAAAACUGACUCCAACUGUUGGUUCAUCAAAGGCGUCAUCUGCACUGGAGGUGUGGAUCCGUUCUCUGCUCUUAGGAUCUUCCUGGGAUUCGUCCAGACGGGUUUCGUCCUGUUUAUUCUAACCUACUGCAUCAAGCGACGCAUCAACCACAUCCGGUUGUUCCGGGGUCCCAACAAGAUCCUGCUCACUCUUGACGACGUCACCUUCAUCAACCCGUCGCUUAGCAACAAGAAGCUUAGUAUAGACAGCAACAGAAAGAUCAGUGGAGUCUCUCUGACGAGCCAUUCACAGCACAGCCUCGCGUCCCCCUUCUCUGAGCAAUCACCUGCUACCUACGAGAACUCCAACGUCGUCCUCUAUGAGGGAGACUGGGCGUGGCUGAAGAGACUACCUCAUGGAACGUUCAGGAAUAUCAACCCCAAAACCAGUGACGUGUUUGAAUUGAUGAAGGACAUGCGUCAUGAGAACAUUAACCUUUUCCUGGGUUUCUUCCACGACUGUGGAGUGUUUGCCAUCGUAACCGAGUUCUGCACCAGGGGAAGCAUGGAAGACCUAUUGCUCAAUGAGGAUGUCAAACUGGAUUGGAUGUUCAAGUCAUCACUACUGUUGGACCUUAUUAAGGGUAUGAAGUACCUGCACCACAGGAACUUGUAUCACGGUCGUCUGAAGAGCAGGAACUGUGUGGUGGAUGGACGCUUCGUCCUGAAGAUCUCUGACUACGGAUACAACGAGGUUCUAGAGGCAGCAAAGUUCCCCUACACAGAACCUCCUGCAGAGGACCUGUUGUGGACUGCCCCUGAGAUUCUGCGUGGCCCCUCCCCCGGUCUCUACGGCAGUCUCCAUGGAGACGUGUACAGCUUCGCCAUCAUCAUGCAGGAAGUGGUCAUGAGAGGCCCGCCUUUCUACAUGCUGGAGCAGACUGCUGCAGAGUUGAUCCAGAAAAUCCGUAAGCCCCCUCCUCUGUGUCGUCCGGUGGUCUCCCCUGACUACGCCCCUAUGGAGUGUAUCCAGCUGAUGAAACAGUGUUGGAACGAAGAGCCAGACAGACGGCCAUGCUUCGACCAGAUCUUUGACCUGUUUAAGAACAUCAACAAGGGCAGGAAGACCAACAUCAUAGACUCCAUGUUGAGGAUGCUGGAGCAGUACUCCUCUAACCUGGAGGAGCUGAUCAGAGAGAGGACUGAGGAGCUGGAGAUAGAGAAACAGAAGACUGAGAAACUACUCACUCAGAUGCUGCCACCGACGGUUGCGAAUGCCCUGAAGGUGGGUGGUACGGUGGAACCGGAGUACUUUGACAACGUGACGCUGUACUUCAGUGACAUCGUUGGCUUCACCACCAUCUCAGCCAAUAGCGAGCCCAUCGAAGUGGUUGACCUUCUGAACGACCUCUACACGCUGUUUGACGCAAUCAUUGGCAACCACGAUGUCUAUAAGGUGGAGACGAUAGGCGAUGCCUACAUGGUGGCGUCAGGGUUACCGGUUGCCAACGGAGAUCGUCACGCGGCAGAGAUAUCCAACAUGGCGCUAGACAUCCUCAGUGCUGUGGGCACCUUCAAGAUGAGACACAUGCCUGACGUACCUGUACGGAUACGCAUAGGAUUACACUCAGGUCCGUGUGUGGCGGGGGUGGUGGGACUGACCAUGCCUAGAUACUGUCUGUUCGGAGACACUGUCACCACAGCCUCUCGUAUGGAGUCCACUGGGAUGCCCUACAGAAUCCAUGUCCAUAACAGCACAGUUAAAAUCCUGCUGGAACUCAAGGCAGGAUACAAGGUGCAACUGAGAGGCAAAACUGACCUGAAGGGAAAAGGAGGAACAGAGGAGACCUACUGGCUCAUAGGGAAGGACAACUUUGAGAAACCUCUCCCCGUCCCCCCUGAAUUCAAGAAAGGGCAAAUGGCUCAUGGCCUGCAGAUGGAGGAGAUAGCGAGGUCUGUCCAGGAGAUCAAGGACUUCAAAGUGCUCCUCCAGAAGGCCGUGAAGAAGAUCUCCACUGUCAGAACGGUGGCUAUGGUUACUAUGGCGGACGACGACAACGUCAUGAUGCACCACCACUGACCUUUGACUCUAGCCAGAAAGAGGCAUCAUGGGAGCUACAGUAAAGGCAUAUUUUGACUCCAUUUUGAAUCAAUGGAACUUGGGGCUGACCAAUGAGGACCACCAAUUGACUAUUGUGUGGACAUCCAACUGUUUUGCUUUUAUGGCUCCCGGUCUGUCAGACUGAUUCUGUGUCCAUUAUGAGCCUUGGAUCCUCACUAUCGCCCCAUGGUCAACAAAGAGGGAACAGCAGGGCGGAAGAGGAUCCAGUGACAGGUUUGCGUCUGCAGGUUAUUGGUGAAUAUUCAGAAAAGCUUACAAGUGUCUGGUCAUACAUUGCCCAAGCAACCGUGUGUGUGUGUGUGUGACGGGGGAGGGGAAGUGAAAGGAUGUGCUGUGUAGAGAUUACUGCAGCUUGUUUUAAAUAUGAAGCAUCUUGCCGGACGGUAGGACUAUUAUUAGAACUAUCAGUGUUACUCAGUAAACCACAGAUCGGAUCUGUCCAGUGAGUCUACUCGCUUGGUGUCCCAUAAACGCUUUGCUCAAAGCCUCUUCCUGCUUUUCUUCUCCUCCUGAUUUCCUCCUCAUCCUCCUCUCUUCGUGCCCUGACGAAACCGUCUCUCUUGAGCACACUCUGUCCGUCCCCUGACUUACUGAAACGCAAGCUUUGCUUUUUUUUUUGUUCUUGCAUGUUGUGCUAUGUUGAUGUUCUUUAAUUGUAAACCUCGGACUCUUCCAGAAAAACUCUCCCAGAAUUUUGAACCUGCAUAGGUCAAAUCAAGUUGUAUUUGUCACAUGCGCUGAAUACAACAGGUGUGGGUUUACUUACGAGCCAUUUCCCCAACAAUGCAGUGCAAAAAAACAACAAUUACAGUAAAUAUGAUGGGUCAGUGAGGGGUCGCUGCAGGUGUGAAAAUCCCCAUAUUUAUACGUUUCUGUAAAAAUCCCCAUAUAAAGUGAUACGUUUCUGCAACAUGUGUAUAAAACAUCUGUGAAAUCACUCGUGAGUAUAUACUUGGGGCCUAGAAGGGACUGUUAUGUAUAGUAUGUGCUCACUGAGACACUUUGUAAUGUGAGAGACAAUUCAUCAAAAUAUCACCUGUAGGACUUCUCUGAUGUACAAACAUACACUCUGAUGACGCACAAACAUUCCUGUAUGGAAUAAUUAUUUCCAUCAUCAUCUUUUCAACACGCCUGUAUUAUAACCAAUUCAAGACGAUAUAAUAUUUUGUUUGUUUACCGGUGUUUAUUGUAUUUGUGUAUAAUUGUGUACUGUAACUUGUUAGCAUGGCUUGCAAUACAAAAUUGUGAAAAUUGUCA